CAGUAACUAGCCUAACAUCUCUCUCUCUCUCUCUCUCUUUCUCAAACACACACACACACACACACACACACACAGUGUUCCCGAGGUCCUCAAGUUGACCAAGAUAGGCACCUGGAGGUGGAAGUGGUGGGGAGAUGGUUUGGGGAUCAUCAUCAAGGCAGCGCUACACUUGAUUCUCACCGAGAACUGGACAAUCUCCGGACGACAGAGAGGGGGAAAGAGUAUUUUGCCGUGGAAACCCCAAGCACCGGAUCCUAGCCCCUUCGGGUCUGCUAACUGUCUCCCCUAUCUCCAAUUUUCCCUGGAAUACUCCUGCUGGUAUCGGAAGCCCCUACUGGAGAUUUUAUCUACCACCGCCUGAGUGAAUUGGAACACUGUUUUGGAGCUAGAGGAUUUUGUUUCAGCGUUACAUCUCGAUUUGCUUUAUUAAUUUUCACUAUUUUUAAAAAAAAUUCUCCCCAUCUCUCUCUCUCUGUCCCAAACGCCCUCAUUAUUUGAAAAGAAAACAGCACAGCAAGAGACCAUGUUGGGUUCAGUGAAAAUGGAAUCACACGAGGUGUCGGAGUGGAACAGUUUGUACUCAGACCCGGGCGAGAUGUACACUGUUGCGAGCAGUAUGAACCCCGGUCUGGGCGCCAUGAACUCCAUCAACAGCUAUAUGAGCAUGAACUCCAUGGGGUCCGUCGGAAACCUUUCGCCCGUCUCGCUCAACAUGUCCUACACCAACCUCAGCCCGCCGCUUUCGGUGCUGCCUGGCACAGUCAGCCCCAUAACCAACGGACUCUCCUCGAUGCCAACCUCCAUGAGCCCCGGUGUGGGACCGACCGGGGGUCAGACUGCCCCGGCCAACUCGCUGUCCCCGUACCAGUCAAUGGGCCAGACCUUGGGUCCCCUGGCACUAUCGCCAGGCCUGGGCAGGGGCAAGGACUCCAAGCCUUACCGCCGCAACUUCAGCCAUGCCAAGCCUCCGUACUCCUACAUCUCUCUGAUCACCAUGGCCAUCCAACAGGCCUCCAACAAGAUGCUGACCCUGAACGAGAUCUACCAGUGGAUCAUGGACCUCUUCCCUUACUACAGGGAUAACCAGCAGCGGUGGCAGAAUUCCAUCCGACACUCGCUCUCGUUCAACGACUGCUUCGUCAAGGUGCCGCGCUCCCCGGACAAACCGGGCAAAGGCUCGUACUGGGCCCUGCACCCGGACUCGGGCAACAUGUUCGAGAACGGCUGCUACCUGCGCCGCCAGAAGCGCUUCAAGUGCCCGAAGGAGAAGCUCUCGCCGCGGGAAGCGGCCUCGUCCUCCUCCUCGUCCUCCGCUGCCUCGGCCUCAGCCGCCAUUGACGGCGCAGCGAAGAACUCGAGCCCCAGCUCCGAGGACGCCGAGUCCAGUCAGUGCGACACCCCACCAGGCACUGAGGAGAGGAGGACCCUCACUGAGCUCGGCUGCCAGAGGGCGGGCGCCUCCUCUUCGGCCUCGGGGCCUUCACCGUCGCCUGCCACGUUACCUCAGAACAUGGCCGCCACCACCCACCAUCACCUUCAUCAUCAUCAACAACAACAUCACCACCAUCACCUCCUCCCGCUGCUGCCAGACCUCCAGACUGACCUGAAGAUGGACCCUCACUACAGCUUCAACCACCCCUUCUCGAUCACGAACCUCAUGUCUUCAGAGCAGCCCCACAAAAUGGACGCCAAGCUCUUCGAGCCGCCCGCUCACUACAACAGCAACAACAGCAACAAAUACAACAACAACAACUCCUACAACAACACGCUGCUCAGCAAAAGCGGCUUCGAGGCGCCCAACGUCGCCAACGACCCCGGCUCCUAUUACCAGCUCAUGUACAACAGGUCGGUCCUCAACGCUUCAUAAACCCGCCCCCCACCCUAUAUAUCUGCCAUAGCAAGCAUGGGAGAAAAUUGAGGGGGUUGGCUUCUCGAAAGGCCCCUCUUCAGCUCGCCCUCCUUGACCCACCCCCCCCCCCCCCCAAUCACUCAAGGCCUUUCUCUCAUCAUACUGUUUUCUUUGCAACCUUUCUUUGUGUGCGCAUAUGUGACUGUGUGUGUGUGUGUGCGUGUGUGCGCGCAUAUGUCACUCUGUGUGUGUAUGUGUGUGUGUGUGCGCGCAUAUGUGACUAUGUGUGUGUGCGCGCGCAUAUGUGACUGUGUGCGUGUGUGCGCGCAUAUGUCACUGUGUGUGUGUGUGUGUGCGCGCAUAUGUGACUGUGUGUGCGUGUGCGCAUAUGUGACUGUGUGUGUGCGUGUGUGUGUGCAUGUGUGUGUGUGCGCAUAUGUGACUGUGUGCGUAUGUGUGUGCGCGCAUAUGUCACGCUGUGUGUGUGUGCGCAUAUGUGACUGUGUGUGUGUGUGUGUGCGCGCGCGCACGCAUAUGUGACUCGGUGUGUGUGUGCGCAUAUGUGACCGUGUGUGUGUGCGCACGCAUAUGUGACUCUGUGUGUGUGUGUGUGCGCAUAUGUGACACUGUGUGUGUGUGCGUGUGUGUGUGUGCGCGCGCAUAUGUGACUGUGUGUGUGUGCGCGCGCAUAUGUGACUGUGUGUGUGUGCACGCGCGCAUAUGUGACUCUGUGUGUGUGUGUGCGCGCAUAUGUGACUGUGUGUGUGCGUGUCCAUGUGCGUGCGCAUAUGUGACUGUGUGUGUGUGCGCAUAUGUGACUGUGUGUGUGUGCAUAUGUGCAUGUGUGUGUGCGCAUAUGUGCAUGUGUGUGUGUAUAUGUGUGUGUGCAUAUGUGCAUGUGUGUGUGUAUGUGCAUGUGCUUAUGUACAUGUGUGUGUAUGUGUGCGUGUGCAUAUGUGCAUGUGUGUGUAUAUGUACAUAUGUGUGAUGUACAUAUGUGUGUGUGCAUAUGUGCAUGUGUGUGUGCAUAUGUGUGUGUGCAUAUGUGACUGUGUGUGUGCAUAUGUGUGUGUGCAUAUGUGACUGUGUGCAUAUGUGACUGUGUGUGCAUAUGUGUGUGUGCAUAUGUGACUGUGUGUGUGCAUAUGUGACUGUGUGUGUGCACACGCGCAUAUGUGUGUGUGCAUAUGUGACUGUGUGUGUGUGCAUAUGUGACUGUGUGUGUAUAUGUGUGUGUGCAUAUGUGACUGUGUGUGCGCAUAUGUGUGUGUGCAUAUGUGACUGUGUGUGUGUAUAUGUGUGUGUGCAUAUGUGACUCUGUGUGUGUGUAUAUGUGUGUGUGCAUAUGUGUGUGUGCGUAUAUGUGUGUGCGUAUAUGUGUGUGUGUGCAUAUGUAUGUGUGUGUGUGCAUAUGUGACUGUGUGUAUAUGUGUGUGUGCAUAUAUGACUGUGUGUGUGUAUACAUGUGCGUGUGUCUGAGUGUGUGUGAGAAUGUGUCUGUAUGUCUGACUGUGUGUGUGCAUGUCAGUCUGUGUGCUUGUCUAUCCGUGUGCAUAUGUCUAUCUGUGUAUGUGUCUGUCUUUGUGUGCCUGUCUGUCCGUGUGUCAGGGUGUGUGUGUCUGUCUGUGUGUCUGUCUGUGUGUGUGUGUGUGUGUGUGUGUGUGUGUGUGUGUGCGUGUGUGUGUGCGUGUGUGUGUGUGACCGACAGGAUCCCAAGUGUGAAAAUGUGUGAGAAAGAGACAAUCCUUCAGGAUCCUCAAAAUCAUCUGCAGACACCUUCUGUCCCUAGGGUUUCACGUAUAUUCCAAAAACAUGCUUUAUUCGUAAAAUGAUCUAUAAGUAAAUAUACCAAGUUCAAACCAGUUCCUUUACAGAUUUUGCAGAAAACACAGUGGAAUUUUGACAUUCCUCAAUACAGCUUCAAUCCAGUUGCGACAUAAGAACGGCAUUUUCCAAACAUAAAAGGAAACCAUUCACAUUCCCAAAAAGGCCAAGAGGGUAUCUCUAAACAUACUAGAAUCUUGCAUCCCUGAGGCAACAUCCCAGAGAUCGUGCUCACGAGAGGGCAGAAUCUAUUUACAUCGAGUCAUACAGCAUGGAAACAGACCCUUCGGUCCAACCAGUCCAUGCCGAACAUAAUCAAAACUAAACUAGUCCCACCUUCCUGCACUUGGCCCAUAUCCCUCCAAACCUUCCCUAUUCAUGUACUUCUGCAAAUGUCUUUUAAAUGUUGUAACUUUACCCACAUCCACCACUUCCUCUGGAAGUUCAUGCCACACACGGACCACUUUCUCUAUGUAAAAGAAAAUUGCCCCUUGUGCCUUUUUAAAAUCUUUCUCCUCUCACCUUAAAAAUAAACCCGCAUUCUUGAAAUCUCCCACCCUGGGGAAAAGCACUUGCCAUUCACCUUAUCUAUACCCCUCAGGAUUUUAUACACCUAUUUGACAUGUUUUACAUGAUUGAGUUGAGAUGGGUUUCAGAACCAGAAACGAAAACCCACUCUGAAGUCCUAAUAAUUGAUCCAUGAUGUGUACAAUAUGCGAAAGUGAGUUCCUUUUUCCAACUUGUUCAGAGGAUGUGGGCAUCACUGGGUGCAGGCCAGCAUUUACGGUAUAUCCCUAGUUGCCUAUGUGCUAGGUACACCCACGAUGCCAUGAGGUAGAGAAUUGAGGAUGUUGACUCACCUAUGCUUAAGGAAUGCCCGUUAUAUUUCCAAGUCAGGAUGGUGAGUGGCUUAGAGGGGAAACUGCAGUGUCUGGUGUUCCCAUGCAUCUGCAACCCUUUCCCCUUUAGGUGAUAAAGAUUAGUUUGGAAGAUGCUGUGCCAAGGGAGCCUGGGUGAGUUGGUUGAGGAACAGGUUGGAGCCUGACUGCCCUGGCAUCACUGGGUAAUUGCAGACCUAGAUGGAAGAACAGAAGAAACAAGAACCAGAGUAGAACAUUUCCAACCUUCACCAACACUGAAAGAGACCAUUCUGCCCGUCAACAUAAUGCAUCUCCUUAUAAAACAAUUCAGUCACUCCCACUCACCCAAUUGAUCCCCUUGGCGCUGCAGGUUUACAUCGUUAAGGUGCCCAUCUGUUGACUAAUGAAAUGAAUUUAUCCUUGUCAACCUUACCCAAAACCCCUGAUCAAAGGAGGAUCCGCCCAAUCUAAAACCUGAUCCCUGUGAGGAUGCAUGGCCCAUAUUAUAUAUUCUUCUCUUGCAUUCUGUAGCACUGAGCCCUCAGUAUCUGACAGAAGUUAAGCUUUGUUACUUUAUCAUGCCCUGCAUGCUUUUUAACAUCCAAGAGAUUUGGGAGCUCCAGCUUUCCUUUUGUGGGCAGGUUUUGGCUCCAAGCCUUCUCUAUCUACUCCUUGAGUGCCUCCCUCUGUUCCUGACCCAAAUUUGCCUUCCAGUAGCUACUUUCAGGGCACUUAUUUCAUAUGAACUCUUGAGUUUCAUAAAAAUUGACCAUUCCCCAGAGGAACCAUCUCCCUCACCAGUAUAUUGGUCACAGAGCGAGAUACACUAUGACACUCUUGUUUGGUCCUCAUUGUUAGCCUGGCAGUAACCCAUUAUGUUCCUGCAGAAACGAGGCUUUUUACGAGCUCUUGGCCCAACCAGCCAUUGGCGUUUCCUGAACAUGGCGUUGCCAUGGACUCAGGAUGUGUUGUGGAAUUCCCAUGUGUAACAGGACACACAUUCUGAGGUGAUCUGCUGUGCCCCCUUUAUUGUUUGAGCAUCCACUACCUGAACAGAAACACUGUUAAAACCUAAUCGGAUCGAAAAGAAACACCAAUGCGUGCUCGUCAAUCACAUAUUUCAGAAUAACGUUACGUCACAGAUCAGCCGUGAACAGGCAGCUCCCAAUUUCCUGUCUCGAAUUAAUUGGGCCAUCUAGCUUUCAGCUACACACUUAACUUCAGAUAUUUACAAGGUUUGCAAAGUGGUUGGUAAUGAGAGAAAGAGAUGUGGAUGGAGGGUGGUGCUGUGACCAGUGUAAACUCCAGACUAAGCCUCCUUUGCUCUUACAGCUAGGGAGGGAGCCAUCCGAGUAUUCUGAAACACUUGUGAACUAACUGUUAAACAGAAAUCAGACUGGCCCCUGCAACGGACUGGGAGAAAACAGUGCCCAGAAACCCAGAGGUUACUACAUUCCCACAGUCAAAAGAAUUGGUACCUAUCAUCUCUGAAACUGUAUUUUAGCAGCAGUUAACAUCCCUAAACUAUAUCCCAACAGCACUUAGAAUUCCUCGAACAGUAUCCUAGCAGCAGCCAACAUCCCUGGAACUGUAUCCUAGCAACAGUUGCAUCCCCGGAAUUGUGUCUUCUCCACAUUACUGGAACUGUAUACUGACAAAAGUUAGUAUUCCUCAAACUGUUUCCUAGCAACAGUCAAUGUCUCUGGGGCUACGUCUUAGCAACAGUCAACAACCCAGGAACUGUACCCUAGCAACGAUCGGCGUCUCUGGGAACUGUGUCUUAGCAACAGUCAACCUCUCUGAAACUGUGUAUUGCAGCAACAAUCAGUUUCUGUGGAAACGUGAGAAAAUACCUUCAGGAAAGGAAGGGAGAAACCUGAGUGGGAGUUCCCCAUCACUUUUGUCUUGGAGUCUUGUUCUAAUUUUAACAAAACUGUUCCUUUUGCGUUAUGACCAUGUGCAGUUUGAAGCUUGCGAUGGACAAAUUUACAGUUCUUUUAGUGGUUGAUUUAAGGCGUGAAUAUGAAGACUUUAUUUCUCACCUAAAGGUAUAAAACAGGUUGAAUUUAAUUUUAUUAACUACAUUGUAAAUCUUAAAUAACCUUUACCGAGCAGAACUGACUCAGUAAGAUCGGUUGCUGUAUUUAAGAAUUGUGUUAACAUUAAUUUUUCUCAUUAGUAUCUUUAAUAUGUCUUAGUGUAGCUGGUUUCAUGUUUUAUUUAAUUAAAUGUUGAGAGGAAAGGAAGGGGCCUCACCAUAAAACAAAGAAACAACUGAUAUGACAAAGUACCAACUGCAUAACUGGGCAUGGUAACACAGGCAUGGUAAGUGUGGCUGGCAGUCACAAGCCCUGUGACUGGACUAGGUACCACCCACGUGCCCAGACUGGUUACUGCAGGCACAGGACUGAGCAAUGCCACAACCGGGUGACCAUUUGCCCUUGAGAGUGUAAUGAGGCAGGACGUGGUUGAGACCUGAUGCUCACCCUACACCAGUAACAGGCAAACUCUGCUGUCUUCAAAGCCAAGCCCCGCAUCAGUCACUAGGGGUUGGGGGAGAUGGUUGCAUAAUGGUAAUGUCACUGGACUAGUAAUCUGAAGGCCCAGCCUAGUGCUCUGGGGGACCAUUCCCACCAUGCUGGAAUUUAAGAUCAGUUAAUAAAACCUGGAAUAUAAAUUUAGUCUUGGUAACAGUGACCAUGGCAACUAUUGUUGUAAAAGCUCCAUCUGGCUCACUGACGCUUUUUAGGGAAGGAAAUCUUGUCUUCUUACCUAGACUGGGCCUACAUGUGACUCCAGACCCACAGCAACGUGUGGUUAACUCUCAAACGCCCUCUGAAAUGACCCAGUGAGACCUUCAGUUCAAGGGCAAUUAGGGAUGGGCACCCACCAGCGACACCCACAUCCUACAAUGGAAUAAAGAGUUGGGAUCCCAUCACUUUUGAACCAGGCGCCCAUCUGUGGAAUCUGCAAUAAGAGUUGAAAGGUCACUUCCCCGCCCCACCUCAGCGUCUUCCCACUGAUGCACUUUUCAGUAAAUGAGGAUGUGGAAGACCAUUGGCUACCCUGGGUGAAAACUUAGUCUCACAGGUUUAAUCACAA